GAUGAGAUCACGUUUUGUCAGCCUGCUUCGUAUGCGAGCGAGGUAAACAUGAAGUUGGUCAGGUCAGGUAGGGAAGAUCAAAGCCACACGAUCCAAUGCUGAAGUAGGCAUGUAAUGCCCGGCCUCAAGGGACGCCAUCACCAUGCAUGUGCCUCUACAUGCCUGCUUCGUGUCUAGCUGAUACGCCAAUUGAAUCCAGCACGAUGAGCCACGACGACAUGCUCCGAUGACAGCGGCGGGAGAGUUGAGCUGCAUGAUUUACUCGGAACAAGCGGAGGCGGUGUCGCUCGCCUGUCGUCCUUCCCCACUCUCCGGUCUUGUCGGAUCAGAUCCUCGGCACUGCAACGCAUGCUUAAUUUAGAUUCUCUAGACGUCUGCAUGCAUCAGCGUGAAACUCUGAAUUGAUUGGCUAAUUAUAGUGUAGUGUUGGCCCAUCCUCCGGCAUUCUUCUUCACACUUGAUGAGUGGUCAAGUCCUACAAUGGGAAUGAGUGGGUGAAGUUAUUCCGCAAACAAACCAACUGUUACACCCACACUUGCUCCUAGCCAGUUCCAUUUGCUCCUCCACCCAUCCCUGUCUCUGUCUGAGGCGAUUCUUUCUUGACUUUAGGUACCUCUCUUCGCUGCUGUUAUCUUCGGCCCCACAUCCCAAGAAAAUCAAUCAAAGUGGACAGAAGACAUUUGUUUGCAAAAGUGAAAGAGAAAUUGACCUGGGAAAGGAAAUAAUGAAAUGCUCUGAUUGAAUAAUGUGGAACUACAUGCACAUGCCCAUGAAGUGUUACCACAGCAAGACCUCCACAAAUCCACUUGAAUCUUGACACCACAUGAUGGCACAUUAACACGGAGACGACAAUAGUGCACAGAUGAGCACCGAUACAAAUGCCAACCCUGCACCCAAGGAUGCCGAGGAGAAGAAAGCGGCCGGCUCGUCCUCCUCUUCAUCAGGGCACCUGGACGAAGACGAUGAUUUCUUCCAGAUCGAAGGACCGGUCCUCAAUACCCAAUUCUCCCUGGCUGGACCAAACCUCGAAGGAUUUCCAGACCCGACAAGGAUCCCCUCGUCGGUCUUCGCAAGGACGUCAACAUUGCAAACCGACUGGAGUGUCACGUCGAAUGAGGCUCUCUUCAGCAUCAAUGUCGGGAACACGAGCUUCGACAAGGACCAUAAGGUCUUGUAUGGCAAGUCGGGUGAGAUGGGCAACCCCAACGAUCCUUUGGCGCCAUUGCCAUCGUUGCCGAAGCAGAGCCCAGGGUCUAGCCCCAUCAAGGGGGCAGUGUCACCCAAGGCAACCGGGGAAGGCAGCUCGACUGUGAAGGGGGAAGGAGACGCGGAUAGCAUAUCACACCAUUCCGAAGGAAGCGCGACCAACUUUGCAUUCCCCAUAUUGGCAGGCGAUGAGAAAGCCAGUGGGUGCUCGAAGGACAACCAACCAGAUCUUGCCCGACAAAGCACAGCGCAACUGAGCCAUGCACCAGAGCCAGAGCCGCAUGAUGAGAAGAACGAAUCACCGAAAGCCGCAAUGGAAUCACCGAAAGCAGCAAUGGAAUCACCGAAAGCCACAACAGAAUCACCGAAAGCUGUAAUGGAAGCACCUAAACCUGAAGAAGCCCCAGUAGCAGAACCGGCACCGGCACCAGCACCAGCAGAGCCACCGCCAGCGACAAAAAUGUUUCCCUGCUGUUCUUGCUGUCCGUUCUGUUGCUAAGGAGUAUUCAAUGGGCGCUCUCAAUCCGAAUCACCUUGGUUCUUUCUCUAGAUGACUCGAUAUUUCAUAGAUGCUCAAAUCAGUAGAAGGCCUUAUACUGAUUUGCAAUCCAAAACUGUAAAUCAGAUCAGGAACUGGAGAUGAGAGGGACAUUGGCAACCAAUUACUUGCUCUGGGUAUGGUAGAUUAUCUUAGAUACAUACACUACUUGUAGAGAAGAUGUUAAUUUUGUAGUUUCUGAUUGGGAUAUUUGUUUUAUCAUGGAGCCAGUUUAUACUAUUUGGUUGUAGUAAUUGUGAGGAUGCGUAGAUGCUUUUGAUUUACUAAUUGUAGGUGUUACAUUCUAUAUUGUUUUUGUUACUGUGAUAUCAAUAAAAUUAAGGUGUGUAGGUGCUA